AUGGAUCUUGCCAAUACUCUCAUCCGGACCGUGGUCCGGGCUUUCUAUGAGACUCGCCAGAUUCUCAUAGUCGAUGCGCUCUUCAUCCAUUCGGUACUCCAUGCGGAAGAUCUUGCUUUCCUCCUAGGCAUGCAGCAGAAGGACCUGCGGAAACUUUGCGCCAAGUUGCGCGAAGAUCGUUUGAUCGCGGUAAGCACACGAGCCGAGAUUCGAGAUGGGUCAACCCGACCUGUCAACCGUGAAUACUACUACAUCCCGUUACACCCGGUCAUCGACGCGAUCAAGUUCAAGGUCUCGAAAUUAACCUCGACAAUCAAAGCUCAGUACACGCCAAGCGAGGAAAGGAAGGAAUACGUAUGCUUGCGUUGCGGCGCAGAAUGGACGGAGCUGGAUGUUCUGAGCCUGUAUUCGGACGAGGGCUUCGAGUGCCAGAACUGCGGGGCCAUCCUUGAGCGAACGGAGGACGUCAAAGGAGCCGAGGGCAUCGAUCGCACGGGACACGAGAAGAACAGCAAGCUCAUGGCCCAGCUCGAUAACAUGCUGAAACUGCUCAAGCAGAUCGACUCGGUCGAGAUUCCCCCCAACGACUUCGAGACGGCAUGGCAGCACAAGGUCGACGUCAUCCGCAACCAACAAACACACCCAACCAGAGCCGCCAUCGUCGUCCCCUCGAAACAACAAGAAGCCGUUCGGGGCAACCUCAAGACCGACGCCGCCGCGCUGGAAAUCUCCCUCACCUCCACCGAGGAGAAGAGCGCCGCCGAGCAAGCGGAAGAAGCCGCGCGCAAGGCCGCCCUCGAGAAGCAAAACGCUCUUCCCGUCUGGCACACCCACUCGACCGUCUCCACCACCGCCGGCAACGUCAACUACAUCAAGACGGAGACAGACGCCGCCAUCAAAUCCGAAAUCAAGGAGGAAGAAGACCGCAAACCCAAGAUCGAGGACCUGGACGACAAGGUCGCCGCAUACUACGCCGAGAUGGAACGAGAGAAAGCCCUGCAGGCCCAACGCGACGCCAGCAGUGCCGACGAGGACGAUUCAGACGACGAAUUCGACGAGGAAUUCGAAGACGUCGGCGGUGUCUCCGCUAGCGACACCGCUUCUCCAGCGGUCAUGGGCGGGCCUGCCAGUGCACCCACCUCUGCGCCAGUCGGCAUCAAGCGCGAGUUCGACACGGAUUCCGGAACGAGUGCGCCUCAGACCGCCGUAGGCACGCCAAACACACCCGCCGACGAGGGACCGGUAGCGAAGAAGAUCAAAAUGGAGCCUGAUGUGAAAAAGGAGGAGUCUGAUGAGGAUGACGAAGAGUUUGAGGAUGUCUGA